AUGUUUACUCGUAUACUAUUAUCACCGCUAAAGACUUCAUCAAUUCAGAUUCGUUUAACAUCAACGAAACCUGGUCCAGUAUGCCAACUGAUCAAAGAAACGAUUGAGAAGUCCGAUUUAAAACCCUAUCAUGUGGAGCUGAUCAACGAAAGCUACAAACACAAUGGUUAUAAACCGGGAAAAGAAACUCAUUUACAAUUAACUGUUAUAACACAUGCAUUUGAAGGGAUGCCGAUGGUCGAACGACAUCGCCGUUUGAAUGAUCUAGUCAAAAACAUCGUUAAAGAACACAAAAUUCAUGCAUUAAGUCUCUACACACCGAACCCAACCUUGUGGUAUGAUAGUUUCCGUCGUGGUCUUAAAUUAGAUGAAAAAUUUCGUACACCACCAUGUAUGGGCGGUCGAGUUAAAGAACUGAGUGAACAAACCGAUCAACUCAUACAACAAAAGACUUCAACUCAAACAAAAUCCAACGAAAACGUGUAG